AUGUCUGAUGUUAACACAGGACUAAUGAAUCUGAAGAUUUUCGAAUCGGGCAUAUCCACCCACGGAGUUCAUAUUACGGGUGCCCUAUCGAUUUGCAACCAGUUGCGCUUGCCUGAUACCAUAUCCAGAGAGAAUGAAAGAACAAUAUUUUUCUUAGGAAAUCUAGCAUGGCAAGUUCUCUCAUCUCAUUUUCAUCCUGACGCAUAUCCUACUAGGCUGGACAUCAUCCGCUCACUCGCAGACCCACGACGACUAUGCUUUUCCCCCGAGCUUCGUGCAGCCGUAGCCACUUUAAGCGACUUGAAAUUCGAGCGGGUCAAUGGCUGCCCACGCGAGAUAUUCUUAAUAACAGGCAACGUCAUAGAGUAUGCCAAGGCGCAUGCAACGGGCAAGAUGGAAACAGCAGAAUACGAGCGGCUUCUCAAUGCCUGCCGCUAUGAGUUGUACUCCUGGCGUUUGAAACCUGACAGAUAUCCAAACGACAAUCCCCGCUGGCCUGCAGUUGCUGAGGCAUUCCGUCACGCAUGCAUACUGCAUACAUCUCGCUUGCUGGAUAUGGCUCAACCGGCCGAAGCGCCAAUAAUACAAAAUUCGGUGACAGCAAUCUUGGACUCCCUAGCGGAAAUCCCUGCAGACUGUCGUCUGAUCGAGUUAGUGGUUAUGCCGAUUUUUAUGGCUGGGACUGAUGCUUUGUCCCCGUACGCUCGGCAUUAUGUCCUUCUGCGAUUCGACCAUAUCCGGUCUCAUGGUGGUGUCACUAGCCAAAUGUCGGUUUCUCUACUUAAAUCUGUUUGGGAUGCUCGAGGUAGACAGGCCAAACAUGAUAGCAGCAACAUUCCGUGGGUGUGGUUUACUCGCGACUCAGGAUCGGAGAGGCAACAUGACUAUCUUAUUAUAUAA